AUGGCUCCCGCAGCGACCGGUGCAAAGAAGCAGAAGAAGAAGUGGUCAAAGGGCAAAGUCAAGGACAAGGCCCAACACGCCGUCCUGCUCGACAAGACCACUUCCGAGAAGCUCUACAAGGAUGUUCAAUCAUACCGUCUCGUCACAGUCGCCACCCUCGUCGAUAGGCUAAAGAUCAACGGUUCGCUGGCACGAAAAUGCCUGAAGGAUCUUGAGGAGAAGGGCCAGAUCAAGCCCAUUGUCACCCACAGCAAGAUGAAGAUCUACACCCGAGCUGUCGGUGCCACUGACUAA